AUGAAUCUAAAAUUCAAGCAGAUAAGCAAAUUGCGAGAAAAGAAAUUUUUAUGGAGUGAGAUUGCUACCUUUUACCAAUUAUUAAAAGUAGGAUGCAAACCAAAAAUAAAUGAAGAGGUCAUUAGUCUUGUUCGUUCUUAUGCUUUAGAGGAUAAGCCCAAAACUCAGCAAGAAAUGGCAGAUUGUGUUUUUAAAGAAUUAGGCAUUAAAAUAAGCAGACCUAGCAUUAAUGCUUUAUUAAAGAGAAUAGGCAUAACUCAUAAGAAACUAACCUAUCAUUACACUCAACUCGAUGAAGAAAAAGCAAAAGCAUUUAAUGAGGAAAUUAAACUUCUAUUACCUCACACCCCUUUUAUUGCCUUAGAUGAAUGUUCUUUUUACCCUAAUUUAGACCCUAGAUAUGGUUAUGCCUUAAAAGGCGAAAGGGCAGUUUCUAAAAGACCAAGUAGCAAGGGAAAACAUUAUACUUUGCUGUUUGCUAUUUCUAGUCUAAAAGAAAAAGGAGAAAUUAAUCCCAUUGGAGACAAAAAUAAUAUUCUUUUAAUGGAUAAUGCUCGAAUUCAUCAUGCUCCAAAAAAGAGGGCAGAAGCAAAAUUACCAAGCACUGAGGAGCAAAUGUUAAGAAAAAAUAUUGAAGUUAGGUUUAUCACCGCCUAUGCCCCAAUGUUGAACCCAACUGAAUUGGUUUUUAAUCUUUUUAGACAGCAAACUGAAAAACAAAGACCUAGAAACUUUGAAGAAAUGGAAUUGGCAAUUAAGAAAGUAGUGGAGUUAUUGAAUACCAAAGACUUAUCAAAAUUUUUCUGA